UGUUUUCCACGGCCCUAGCUGCUAGGGGUGUCUGUUUGGUGUUUGUUUUUGUCAUUUUAAAAGGGGCGAAAGAUAACAAAUUAACGAGGUUUUAACCCCGAGCCUGUCGCAUGAGGUUGCUGUGUGAGCCCCUCCCUGCCAUGAGAGCAGACCAUCAGGUCACCGCCCCCCCCUCCUUCUGCAGUUGAUGGAUCUGCAGCUGGUCCAGAGAUGACAGACAGCGUCAGGGCCUUCCUCCACAAUGUUGCGAUGGGGAUCAAGGACUCCAUACUGGGGAUUGGAACAAUCUCCAAGCUGGAUGCUCGAAUCCAGCAGAAAAGGGAAGAGCAGCGGAGGAGAAGGGCCAGCGGAGCCCUCGCACAGAGACGGGCACAGAGUGAAGAACGCAAACCAGACAAUGAGCCAAAAGUAGCCAGCAGGAUUUUUCAGUGCUGUGCCUGGAAUGGAGGAGUGUUCUGGCUCAGUCUGUUUCUCUUCUACCGGGUGUUCAUCCCACUGCUGCAGACUCUCACAGCGAAGAUCAUAGGUGACCCCUCCCUGCACGGCAGUGUGUGGUCCUGGUUAGAGUUCAUCUUGACCUCCGUCUUCAGCGCCCUCUGGGUCCUCCCCCUGUUUGUCCUCAGCAAGAUAGUCAACGCCAUCUGGUUCCAGGAUAUUGCUGACCUGGCCUUUGAGGUGUCUGGCUGCAAAGCUCAGCCGUUCCCCAGCGUCAGUAAGAUCAUCGCAGACAUGCUUUUUAACCUGCUCCUCCAGGCACUUUUUCUCAUCCAGGGUAUGAUUGUCAGCCUGUUUCCCAUCGAUGCAAUCGGGCAGAUGGUCAGUCUCCUCCACAUGUCUCUGCUCUACUCCCUGUACUGCUUUGAAUAUCGCUGGUUCAACCACGGCAUCGAAAUGCAUCAACGUCUGUCCAAUAUCGAGAGGAACUGGCCAUAUUACUUUGGCUUUGGUUUGCCCAUGGCUUUACUGACCGCUAUGCCCUCCUCUUACAUCAUCAGUGGCUGCUUGUUCUCCAUCCUCUUCCCUCUAUUUAUCAUCAGUGCGAAUGAGGCAAAGACACCGACAAAGCUGUACCACUUCCAGCUGCGCCUCUUCUCUCUGGUUGUGCUGAUCAGCAACAAGCUUUUCCACAAGACCGUUCACCUGCAGUCCUCGCUGACGUCCUCGGCCUCGUCGGAGAAGCUGUCCUCGCCCCACUCCUCCCUGAGCCGCCAGAGACUGCCGCCCAGCCAGUGACGGGCGACGGACACACGCUUUGCCUCGUGUGAAGAAGCGACUCUUCCAGAAGGAUGACCCUCAGAGAAGACAAACCACAUGUUUUUGUAUUGAUCUCUUGUCCUUGGGUUGUUAAUCUGCAUCACCUCAAAGACACAUCGUCACAAAAAAGGACUGACCCGUGCCUCACAACAUAUAAACGACGACACUUGUUUUCUUUUGAUUUUCUUUGAAUAUUUUUUCUUUCGUCUUUUUCUCUGUUUGUUUGUUGUUGUUUUUUUGUAUAAAGUGCCAUUUGAGUGACUCUUUUAACACGUUAGAGCACAAGAAAUCAAAUAGCUUCAAAUGUUUUGCGAGUUUUUCUUCCCUGUCAGCAUCCAAAAGCAAAGCACGAAGUCAUCUUUUUCCUGACAUUGCCGUCCUUCCUCACAGGUCAAAUGCUUUCUUGCACACGGACGCUGGUGUUGUAGUUACAGAAGCAAACUUGUAUAGCUAUAAAGGGAUUUUAUUUGUUUUCUGGUUCGAUUCCUAAACAGCUUGCACAGUUUUCAGCGAAAGUUUAGGAGCUGCUAAAAGAAAGUAUUAGCGACCUUUUGUUCUGGAAAUGAGAAAUCACGCACGUAUGCGACAGAACCGUGGCCUGGUGUCUCGUCCCGAAUUAAAACCCUCAUCAGAUGUCUCAUGUAGUUCACGUGGUGAUACCAGCACAUACAAAGCUGCCCGAGUGUGAUAGCUGAGGGUGAGAUUACACUGCCAAACAGCUUCUCUGCUUCUUGUUUGUUUCACUGUAAACCACUACAAUGCUCAGCUCUAACAAAGGAGGAGUCCUAUAGUUAACGCCUUUAAUGAGCAGGUGAUCGGCCUUAAUUCGCUAGACUUCCUCAUUCCCAAAGAGCUGAUUAUAAUAUAUCUGACCCCCAAAGAUCAAUUGAUGCAUUUCUUUUGUGCUGUACAUAAUUUUAAUAUCCCCUAAACUUUCAUUGAGAAAGACCUCCACCUCUGUUCUCUCACUAAUUGGAGCGACUUGCUGCUAAGAGAGCAAGGAUUUGGAAAUAUGUGCAACUGUUCUAAGGGGAGGCGAUGUUUGUGCAGAUUUGUGAGUGAGGUUUUGUAAAAGUAAUAUGUCUAAUUUCAAUAAAACUGGUCAGUAUUCAA